CACUCACCUCCUUCCCUUUUCUCUCUCUAUCUCUCCAAUUCCAUCAAACCCCAAAAAGGAUUAAUUAACAAAUCCCUAAUUUACACUUUUAAUCGCACUACUAAGUAUAUUUAGAAUCCAGAUUACGCUUUCCCAUUUGCUUUAGAUUAAGAAAACGGAGAGGGAUUAUUAUUCCCCCAACCCUUGCUCUGCCGUAGAAAAUGUCAGCGAUUAGGAGUAUAAUCAGCCGGUCGCGCUCCCACCGCGUAGUCCAGGACGCCACGCCGGCAACGGCGGCGGCGGCAGCAGCGCCGAACCACGGGAUGGACUCGUCGUGCUGGGCCAACAUGCCGCAGGAGCUGUUGAGAGAAGUGCUGCUGCGAAUCGAGGCGUCGGAGACCAGCUGGCCGCCGCGGAAGAGCGUCGUCGCCUGCGCCGGCGUUUGCCGGAGUUGGAGGCACAUCACGAAGGAUAUAGUCCGUGUCCCUGAGCUCUCCGGCAAGCUCACCUUCCCUCUUUCACUCAAACAGCCUGGUCCAAGGGAUAUUCUCGUUCAGUGCUUUAUAAAGAGAUGCCGGACCACUCAGACGUAUUACCUUUACCUCAGUUUGACCAGUGCGCUAGCCGAUGAUGGGAAGUUCCUACUUGCUGCACGCAAGAGCAGGCGAGCCACCUGCACGGAUUACAUCAUCUCUCUUGAUGCUGAUGAUAUGUCGAAGGCUAGCACUACAUAUGUUGGCAAACUCAGAUCAAAUUUUCUGGGGACCAGAUUCACAGUCUUGGACGGCCUUCCACCGCAUGCUGGGGCCAAGCUGGUGAGAAGUCGUUCCACUAGACCAAUAAGUCUGAAACAAGUUUCCCCGAGAGUCCCUGCUGGCAAUUAUCCAGUGGCUCACAUCUCAUAUGAAUUGAACAUGUUGGGUUCCAGAGGUCCACGGAGAAUGCACUGUGUUAUGGAUGGGAUACCUGCUUCUUCAGUUGAACCAGGCGGCAUAGCUCCAACACAAACUGAAUUUGGCCAUCGAAAGCUUGAUGCUUCCACAUCUUUCUCAUUUCUCCGGUCCAAAUCAAAUCUCACAGGAGAAUCGGAACCCACAUCUGGUCCGAAGAAAGCGGGUUUAGUACUGAAGAACAAGUCACCAAGGUGGCACGAACAUCUACAAUGUUGGUGCUUGAACUUCCACGGGCGAGUGACAGUCGCAUCAGUGAAAAACUUCCAGCUUGUUGCUUCACCAGAAAAUGGAGUGGCUGGACCGGAACAUGAGAAGAUCAUUCUGCAGUUUGGGAAAGUGGGGAAGGAUUUGUUCACCAUGGAUUACCGGUAUCCGAUAUCUGCGUUCCAAGCUUUUGCGAUUUGUCUCAGUAGCUUCGACACCAAGAUAGCUUGCGAGUAAAAGAAUCACGCAUCCGCGUGACUGUUCGAGUUGGGAGGCGAAAGGUUGUCAAUCUGGUGCAACGAUGCAAGCUAUUAGCUCAGAGGGAGCAAACAAUCUAGCAGGGCAUAGAAAUGGCACUGUCUCUGUACAAGCUUCGGAUAUUUGAAUCUUCACCUCAACUCACUGUUUCAAAACGGAAGUUCUUCAGGGUUUAGAUUAUUUGGAACUGUAAUAAAAAAAAAAUAGCGUUAUUAUGUAUAGUUUGGUGGUCUGCCUGUGUAGUGUGUACAUUAGAGUUUCCCGACCUUUCAGUACCUCUUCUUAACAUUUGUGUUAGCUGUUGCUCUUUUCCAUUCUGUAACUUACUCCGAGUGAACUGCAAUACAGAGGAGAAUAACUAGUCGAUUGUAGUAAUGGGUGGGCAUAAGAUGAUUUGCCUUUGCCGAAUACCAUUGGCGGCUUCGACGCCAUGGAGGGAAGCGAUGGAGAUAUUUGGAGCAAAAUGACUAGCAAUGUCAUCGCCUCAAGGUGUUCAUUCUAGUUUCGAGUUGUUCAUUCUAGUUCGUAACGUGUUGAUACCAAAUUACGAUUGCAGAGGCUCAAUUCGAUAGUUAAGUACGAUUGAAAAUGGUGAUCAAACCUUGUUUACGUAAUAGUGUUAGCAUAUCUUUCACUCAAGAAUGUGGUUUUUCUUAAGGACUGAUACUGACUAAGC